AUGUAUUUUUACCCUAAAUCCUAUACAAAUCUUUAAUACUAUAGAAAAUUCAAAGAAUCUAAGCGGUAAAUGAUAAAGUUUCAUCAGAGAAAUAUAGAUUGAGGUUAUAUCAAAAAGGUACUUAGACAAUAAUCAAACGACAACAGUAAAUGUUGUUUAUUUUUUGGUUUACUGUACAUUUUUCAUUAGUGUAUCGUGUUCACUUGCAACAAAAUUGUUACACUUGCUCAAAACUUGAUAUUUACUCUCAUUGUACAAAGGAGUAUCAACAAAUCUGCUUAAGAAAUGAAUGUAACGAUACAAACGAAAUUCCAAGAAUAACUCGAAUAAAAGAACUAGAGAAUGAAGAAAUGGCAAAUCAUUGGGCUUUAAAUGGUUUAUAUCGUCCGAGAAGUGCAUUAGCUCGGGCUUUAUAUGAGAAACAAAGAAAUGACCGCCACCUGCAGGAGUUUGAUCAGCAUGAGUGGUACCGCGUUGAUAAAAGUCGAUUAACAGAAGAUUUGCAGCAGAAGUUCGUCCAGUUGCAGCCUGAUGAAGAAACAAAAGAGUUCCUCACUAAUUCCAUUGAUAAGUCUACCUGGGUAUGGACUCAGAUCUGGUACUUGCUGGCAAAGGCGGUCCUGAAACACUUCUGGACAAUCACUGAUAUCAAUGGAUGGCUGGGUCGCGGUUCGAUGUUCGUGCUCUCCGCGGCGCAAGCCCGGUCACUGCUGAGUGCAGCCAAACGUGGUAUGAACAGCACGGGUGCGCUCGUCGACGUCGGGGCCGGCGACGGCGAAGUGAGUCGUCGGUUUGCUCACCUCUAUACCAACAAAUACGCUACUGAGAUAUCAAGCUGCAUGCGGAAAGCACUCAGCAGCAAGGGAUACACGUUGCUAGAUACCGAGGAGUGGUGGCGCGAACAGCGCUUUGACUGCGUGUGCAUGUUGAACUUGUUGGAUCGCUGCAGCAAACCUAGGAGCAUGCUGCGACAGGCCAAAGCUGCCAUCGGGCCCGACGGCGUCCUCCUGCUCGCUCUUGUGCUGCCCUACAAGCCCUACGUUGAAGUAACAACCGACCACAAGCCCGAGGAACGUUUGCCAAUACAAGGAGUGAGCUUUGAAGAGCAAGCGGCUUCCUUCAUGCAGUUCAUGAGAGACGAGAUCGGCUUCGAGGCGGUAGCGUGGUCCCGGGCUCCAUACUUAUGCGAAGGAGAUUUCGCACAAGCCUACUACUGGCUCGACGAUUCCAUAUAUGUGUUCAGCCCUAUUCGGGAAUGAACGAAAAACUAAAUCUUCAGAUUCGCUUUACGUCUGAAUUCAAACGUUCAAAUAAAAUACGUAAACUAAUAUAAUUAAUAACAAUAAGUCGCAAUGUUAAGUCAGACACUGUAAACAAUGAUCAUAAUACAAUUAUUAAGAUCAAGUGAAAUCUUUUUCAUCUACAAAGUGUAUUAAAUGUCAUGUACCAACAGUUGUACCAAUAUAAUUGAAGCUAUUGCGAAACAUACUUAAUUUGUACUUAGAACAUCAAAACCAAAAUAGUCUAUAAAUUUAUUACUUAUUAUUUCAUGAACAAUUAAACUAAAAUUUGUUCCGGAUUCCUUAAAGAUAAAGGCGAUUUAAAGAACCCGCCAUCUUUUUAUAAUUGUCAUUUAACCUUUUAAAAGUAAAAAAAAUCUCUAUGGACAAAGAAUACAUUCCAUUUGUUAGAAAUCUUACAUUAUACACAUUUAUAUCUAUAUAAUCAUAAGUAUGUGGAUAAAUAAAUUAAUAAUUGUUAAUAUAAGCGCAAGAUUUCCUACCUCAUUAAUAGGACCGACAGCUGGCGGAAACGAGGAAAUGAAAUUUUAUAAUUUAUACAAUACGGUGAUAUUUAACGAAUUUUCCAACGAUAACGUCGCAUGUUCGCUGAAGCAUCGAAUGAAUCGUGUCCGUUCACUUCACUUUUAUAACGAAGGGAAAUACUGGCUGUAUUUUUUUUAAAUUUACAUGAAGUAGCUUUUAUAAAUUAUUAAUCUAUUGUAUUACAUGUAAAGUCUAGAUUAUUGUCUAUUGCUCCUAUCGAUGUUGGACAGCAGUAAUUUUUAAAAAUCGAAUAAAAAUUGAAAAUCGACUAUUGCUAAUUACUUUAAAUGCUUCUUAGUGUCGUAACCAUUCCUCUAUCUUGGUAUUGGUAUAUUAAAUAAAUCUUUUUGAAAUUCUAGAACUUUCCUCUCGAAACUAUUUAUUAUCUGUUUUUAAAUAUUUUUAUCUAGUAUAGAGAUUUAUUUGUUUAAGUCUUAAAAAUUGAAACACUUACCAAGUAAAACUGGGAGUGGUUUAUUGUAUUUCGAUGUUUUUGUAGCU